AUGCGGCAAUUGCUCAGCAAGGAGGUCGAAUUCAUUUGGGAUCAACCCCAAAACGAGGCUUUUGAGGAGGUUAAAAACAUUUUGACCUCAAGCCCUGGACCGGUCCUCGCCUAUUUUGACACGGCCAAGCACUUAACCUUACAGGUCGAUGCGUCAAAAUUUGGGCUAGGUGCUUCUCUACUCCAGGAAGGAAGACCUAUAGCAUAUGCCUCUAAAUCACUCACACCAACGGAGGUAAACUAUGCUCAAAUAGAGAAGGAGCUAUUUGCCAUCCUUUUCGGAUGCAAAAGGUUCCACCAGUAUGUCUAUGGAAGACGUAUUAUGGUUGAGACCGACCACAAGCCACUUAUAUUCAUUAUGAAAAAACCUAUGGUCUCUGCACCACCACGUUUGCAACGCAUGAUGCUUCAGUUGUAUCAGUAUGAUCUAGAGCUAACCCACAAAUCUGGUAAGGAAAUACCGUUGGCAGACACUUUGUCUCGCAAGUUCUUAUCAGACAGCUACCCAGAGUUAUCAGAGGGUAUGGAUGCACGUAUACAUUCCGUCAUAUUUAGCAUACCCAUCAGCGACAAAAAACUUAAACACAUUCAGUCUUUAUCUGACUCAGAUCCUCAAUGUGUAGCACUAAGCAAGGUCGUGAGAAAUGGUUGGCCUGACCGACGGGCUGACUGCCCCAAUGAGUUGCAUGAAUUUUGGAAUUAUCGUGAUGAACUAUCUGUCAUUAAUGGCAUGAUCUUUAAGGGUCAAAAGAUCUUCAUACCCAAAGGCUUUAGAAAGGUCAUACUAGGUCACCUACACACUGGUCACAUGGGUGUCAAUAAAUGCCUCAAACGAGCGCGUGACAUAUUAUUCUGGCCCAAGAUGUCGGCUGAUAUUGAGGAUAUGGUCCUCAAAUGUAAUACAUGUCUAGAAAGGCGUUAUGACAACCCUAGGGAACCCCUGAAAUCCCAUAGUAUUCCAGAGCAGCCCUGGCAGGUGCUUGCUUCUGACCUAUUUAGCUGGCAUGGCCAAGACUUCGUGCUGGUAGUUGACUACUACAGCAGAUAUUUUGAGGUCAACAGACUCGAGGAUACACGCUCAAACACUGUUAUUCUUAAACUUAAGAAAACCUUUUCGCAUCAUGGUAUCCCAGAGAAACUAAUUACAGACAAUGGCCCACAAUAUUCGAGUGGGGAAUUCAGAGAGUUUAGCAAGCAGUAUGGAUUCGUACAUGAGACUUCAAGUCCACAUCACCCCCAAUCUAAUGGGCUUGCCGAGAAAACGGUACAAACCAUUAAACAUAUAUUCUCAAAAUCUCAGGCGAGUCGUACAGAUCCCCUAUCUGGGCAUUCUUGA